GGACUGCCGCCUCCCGGGGCUGCCCGCAGCGCCCAGCCACCAUGAGUGAAAUUCCUAAAGACUCCUUGAAGGCCAUUCUGUUGGAGUUAGAAUGUCACUUUACAUGGAAUUUACUUAAGGAAGACAUUGAUCUGUUUGAUGUGGAAGAUACAAUUGGGCAACAGCUUGAAUUUCUUACCACAAAAUCCAGACUCACUCUUUAUAACCUGUUGGCCUAUGUGAAACACCUAAAAGGCCAAAAUAAAGAUGCUCUAGAGUGCCUGGAACAAGCAGAAGAAAUAAUCCGGCAAGAACACUCAGACAAAGAGGAAAUACGAAGUCUGGUUACUUGGGGAAACUAUGCGUGGGUAUAUUACCACAUGGACCAGCUCAAAGAAUCUCAGAAGUAUGUAGACAAGAUAGGGAACGUUUGCAAGAAAUUGUCCAGUCCUUCUAACUACAAGUUGGAGCGUCCUGAGAUUGACUGUGAAAAAGGAUGGGCACUCUUGAAAUUUGGAGGAAAGUAUUACCAAAAGGCUAAAGCGGCUUUUGAGAAGGCUUUGGAAGCCGAACCUGACAAUCCAGAAUUUAACAUCGGCUAUGCCAUCACAGUGUAUCGGCUGGAUGAUUCUGACAGGGAAGGGUCUAUAAAGAGCUUUUCCCUGGGCCCUCUGAGGAAAGCUGUUACCCUGAACCCAGAUAACUCCUACAUUAAGGUUUUUCUGGCACUAAAGCUUCAAGAUGUACAUGCAGAAGCUGAAGGGGAAAGGUAUAUUGAAGAAAUCCUGGACCAAAUAUCAUCCCAACCAUAUGUCCUUCGUUAUGCAGCCAAAUUCUACAGGAGAAAAAAUUCCUGGGACAAAGCUCUGGAACUUUUGAAAAAGGCCUUGGAGGUGACACCAACCUCUUCUUUCCUGCAUCACCAGAUGGGACUUUGCUACAGGGCACAAAUGAUCCAGAUCAAGAAGGCCACACGCAACAGACCUAAAGGAAAGGAUAAACUGAAAGUUGAUGAGCUGAUUACAUCUGCUAUAUUUCAUUUCAAAGCAGCUGUGGAAAAGGAUUCUAUGUUUGCAUUUGCCUAUACGGAUCUGGCCAACAUGUAUGCUGAGGGAGGCCAGUAUAGCAAUGCUGAAGACGUUUUCCAGAAAGCCCUUCGUCUGGAGAACAUAACUGAUGAUCACAAACAUCAGAUCCACUAUCACUAUGGCCGCUUUCAAGAAUUUCACCGUAAAUCAGAAAGUACUGCUAUCCACCAUUAUUUAGAAGCCUUAAAGGUCAAAGACCGGUCAUCCCUACGCACCAAAUUGACAAGUGCUCUGAAAAAAUUGGCUAUCAAGAGACUCAGUCACAAUGGUUCAGAUGUGCAGAGUUUAAGUGCCCUAGGGUUUGUUUACAAGCUGGAAGGAGAAAAGAGGCAAGCUGCUGAGUACUAUGAGAGGGCCCAAAAGGUAGAUCCAGAAAAUGAAGAAUUCCUUACUGCUCUCUGUGAGCUUCGACUUUCUAUUUAAAUACAUACUUUAGGAAAUGAGUUCUAAGUUUUUCUCUCCAUUUGGGUCAUUAUAUUUUUUUGUUUGUUAUUUUAAUCCAUUGUUCGUUAUAGAGCCAAUUUUUUUGAGUGGUUAUGUACCAAGCAUCAUGCUAAAUAUUUUAUAUAUACGUAAUGAUGACUGACUGUUUUGCUGUUUUCUUUUUUUUUAAAAAUUAAACUAAUAUAAUCCAUUGAGAAACAGAAACAGUUCAGCUAUUGUAACUUUUAAAAAUGGUAUGGCCAUUAUGACUUUAUACCCUUUAUCUCUGUUAUUUAUAAUAAUUUUUGAUUAAAUUUUGUCAAAUUUUCCAUAUUACUUACACAGUGAGUAUAAUUCUGCAUAAACCCUGACACCUAGGUCAGGAAUACUCUUUCGGGAGUGCAGAAUUAUAUUAGUUAAGCUCUUAACUAUGUAGCUUGCAAAAGAUGGACCCUUCCAGUAACAGAUGUUCUGACUUUGAUGAGAAUAUUUAACCAUCAACCUGAUAGUCACCUAAAGAAUCCUCUUUGUUGAAAGAAAAAAGUUCAUAAUAAUAAAAAGCUUGUCAUCUGUGGUGACUUCAAUAAAAGGAGAAAAAACUAGAAUAGGAAAAAAAAAAAGAUUUCUUCAAAUACAGAACUUAAGGGACCCAUGAGAAAUCACAAGUAUUAUUUCCCAAAAUGUUCAGUAAGUAGCUAGAAAUAGUUGUGAGGGAAAAAAUGAAUAAUCGAAAAUCACGUCUCACAUUUCUCUGGUUCUUUUAACAAGAGGAAUGAACCUAAACUAAUCUAGAUGAAAUUAAUUUUAUUCCUUCCCUUUAAAAUUCCAGUUGUGUUUAGGUUAAACUCAUUGAAAUAGAAAGCAGGCCAAUUGAGAAAUUGGGAGAAAUGAUAAACAAAUGGGUAAAACAGAUGUCCUUAACCUAUAUCCCUAGAUUACCAAGUUUCUGUGAUUUGGUUUUAGGUCUGGACUGGAUUGUUCUCAUACUCCCAAUUUCUGGCCUUUGGUUGGUUAACUGUUUUAGUAUUCCAGAGUUACUUCUGUGAAUCUUUUUCUUUUGUCUGAAGUUUUCAGAUUGAAAUGUUUUCCUAUAGAUCCUAGGAAUAGUUAAGCCUUGCUUUCAGUUUUGAUUUAUCCAUCUUGAAAGGUCACUGUUUAAGGGCUCUUAUCCCAGGGGACAUUUUUAAUUGGGAUGUUGCUAAAAGUAGUUUCUCUAAUGUUGUUUCUUUGAUUAUAGACUACACAAUUAUAUUUACCACCACAGUAUUAGUGGAAAAGUGUGCCAUGUGAUUUAAUUCUCCAUACCUCUAAUGUAGCUCUUAAAACUACUGUAUACAUGUUUGUGUGUUUUUUACUUUUUGUUACUGUUUAAAAAUUUUUUUUCUAUUAUGGUUGUGUUAUUAUAAAAGUAAUGAAUUCUCAUUGUAAAAUUUCAAACAUAACAGAAGCAUAUGAGUUUAAAAGUAAGAGCAUCCCCCUCACCCUUCCCUAAUUCUAUACCCUCAUGGUAACCUGUUAACAAUUUAGUAUGUAUCCUUCUAGAUAUUUUUUCUAUGCAUAUUCAAACAUACAUCCAUACUGCAAUGUAUUUCAUAAAUUAAAUUUUUAAAAAUGUUUGUUUUACUUAAGUCCCUGCUGUUUUUGUUUAUUUUGCUCAUUUCAUUUGUUUAUUCAAGAAGGAAGAAUGGGGAAGGGAAUGAUUUUUACUUAAGUUCAGAAAUUCAGGACUGAAGUCCUGACCUAUCAGUAGAAGCAUUUGUCACAUUUCGCGGCAAAUUCUUUUCCCCUGUUGGGAAUAAUGUUGUAAUUAAGGUUGUGUUCCCAAGUAGGAAAUUCACACACAAUAUAAUACAGUAUGAUAUCAAAACAAUAAUAUAGCUGUAAGCCUCUAUUUAAAUAUUUAGACUUUAAAGUCUAUUAAGUGACUUUAAAAUUCACUAGAUAUUAUAACAUACCAAUAUAUAAGAAAGUAUAAAAUCAGCAUAUGAAAAUACAACUCUAUAAAAUACUGAACUAAAAUUAGUCGGUAAUUGGGCUUGUCACUAAUUGGGCUUGUCUUCCUAAAAUUUUAAACUAUUUAGAGAUAAUUUCAUAGAGCCUUGGUUUUAAAAAAGACCUCAGAGUUUGUUCACCUUUAUCAAUUAACCAUCAAAACUUAGAGCUUGAAUUACCUUCCUAAAUGAUAAUUUCAUCUUCAGAUAGUCCUUAUUCUUAGAAAUUUGUUCCUUCCAUUUAACUGAAGACUUUUGGCCUGAAGUUUACACAUAUUGGGCUGUCUUUAGGGACCUGAAAGAUCUAAUUCUUUUGAGAGGUGAUAUUUUAUAUCAGAACUCUUAGUUGCAAAUGGCAGAAAACCCAUCUCAAACUGACCUAAGCAAAAAUGAGAAUGUAAUGGCUGUUGUAAUUUAAUAGUCCAGACGCAGUACUAGUUUCAGAUAAAUUUAAAGGGAUAAGUGAGUCACCAAAUAUAUAUCAGUGGCUAUUAUUGUUAAUCAAGUGAUACUGAGUAGCCAAAAACCAAAUGUCUACUAUACAUGUCUUAAAAGUAUUUGAAGAAAAUUGCUCUAUGUCCCCUAAAAAUUCUUUUAAGUUAAACAUGCUAUUUUCUUUCACCCCAUCCCCAUCUCCAUUGUGGUCAAUUUUAGUUCUCUCCAAAGUGUCUUUGUCCUUUGCUAGUGGUUUGUGCUGAGAGGUUAACUUAAUACCCAAAGUGAAGUUUUAGGACUAUGGUAGAAUGAUCCUUCUUUUUUCUGUAAACUAUACUUCUAUUAAUGUAGCCAAAAUCAAAAUUUCUCCUUGGUAUCUACCCAUGUGUUGGUUUUUCCACACAUGCCAUUUUAAGGCAUGUUUUCCACAUUCUGUACCUGAGCAUUUAUUUUUAAAGUGUUUUAUGUCACUUGGUAGCAUUCAGCACUUCAAUUCAGAUAACAUGUACCUCUUAAAGAAGUUGAGAAAAAGUUUGUAUAUAAAAUGCUAAUCAUUGCAAAUAACACCACAGAUGAUGGAAAA